AUGGUAGAUAUGCUCAUAAAUAGUGUUCCUUCAUUAAAUAUCCCUCCAAUUGAACCAAUGGAAAUAAGUUCUGUAGGAAUCGAUCACAAUCAGAAAUCGAAUGCUUUUAACAUGCAAUCAACCUUCAAAAAUGCUAAAAUUCAUGGACUUACGACAUCAAAUGUUAAGAAAACAUCAGCAAAAUUUAAAAAUUUCUCAAUGAAAGCUGAAGCAUUUACAAAGAGAUUAGAUUUCGUUGGAGAUUAUAAGAUGACAGGGCAGAUUUUAUUGUUUCCCAUAAGUGGUGAAGGAUUUAGUAAUGUAUCGAUGAACGAACUUAUAACAAAACACGAAAUUCACGGUGAUUAUUAUGAAGGAAAAGACAACCAAACUUACAUAAAGAUAACAAGUUAUAAAAUUAAAUUCUUGCCAAAAUGGGUGACUUUCAUAUUUGAUAAUCUUUUCAACGGUGACAAGCUUCUUGGUGACACUAUCAAUAAUUUUAUGAAUUCUAAUUGGGAGCCUGUUUUCUUUGGAAUUAUUCCAGAUUAUGAAAAAAGUUUUGGAGAAAAAUUCAAAGCAGUUGCAAAUACUUUAUUCAAUCAAGUACCAGCAAAUCACAUAUUUUUAAACUAAACAUGAUAUUGUAGAACUUCCAAUUAUUAUUACAUCUUAUUACAUCACACAAAAAUUUUUCCUGUAGCGUUUAUUUUUUCAUAUAGAACUCGUUUAGAAGGAAUGUCAGGUUUAUAAAAUAUUUUAUUGAGCUCAUAAUCAUUGUUCACGAGUAUAUGAACUUGAAACAGAAGAUUGUGUCGAUUUUUUUUGUUGUGAUUAGUUUCGUUUCACUACUCCUAAGUUUAAUUAAAAAUUAUAUCAAAUCAAAGAAAUGAGCUGAAAAAGAAAUAAAAGCAAAAUCUGCUUCUAUUUUUAUAUGUUGUUUGUGAGCUUUUAAUGCAGCACAAUUAGCAGUGAAGGAAAACUUCAUUGUAAACUUAUAGUUGAAUGUAUAGUUGGGUUGCAAUGGAUUACAGUUGCACGUUUAUAACAUGAGUUUAAAUUCAACGAAAAUUGCAUUAAAUAUUUGUUUAUUUUAAAGAAAUUAGGUACCUAAAUUAGAAAAAUAUUCAAAUUUAUUUUAAAAAGACAAAAUAAUAACAUUAAGCCGUGAAAAGUGUUUCCAACUUCUCUUCGUAAAUCGCAAUCAAUAACAUCGCUCCAAAGCCGCUUAACAUGCCACUUAAUUGAAGUACAAAUUGAAUAAUUGAAAAGUUUUCAUCUUUGGUUUUUGGUGCUGAUAGUUCUGGCAUCUAAAAUAAAUAAAUGAAAAUGAUUUUAACAUGAAUUUGAAUAUUAUAAAACUCACCAUGUCAACCAAAGCUAUGUAGAUGAAUAAACCAGCAGCAACCGCAAACACCCAUUGGGUCGUUUCAGGAGUUUCACCAAUUAAUAUUCCAAAACACAUUCCAAAAAAACUUAGAACUGAACUUAGAAUAUUAUAAUAAAUUGCUUGACGUGCUGGCAUUCCAGCUUUAAGAAGCACUGCAAAAUCUCCCAUUUCAUGUGGUAAUUCAUGGCAGAAAACUGCAAGAGUUGUUGAGAACCCUCCAGCGAUAUUAUUUGAAAAAGCUGCUCCUAUUGCCAUUCCAUCAGUGAAAUUAUGC